UUUUGCUUUGCGUGUCUACCAGUGCCGGAAAGACCAAUGUGACGCGUAAAAGCACCGACACCAGCUAUACGAAUUUCGUUCAUCCCCUCAUCAUCGAUGAAUGCUUUACGUCUCGUUGGGUUGCUUGCCACUCUCCCCAACUAUCAGGAUGGCGCCACCUUCCUUCGCGUAGACAAAUCAAAAGGACUCUUCUACGAUGCUUCAUACUGUCCUUCCAGGCUGCAGCAAUUGAUCAUCGGAGUUAUUGAAAAGAAGGUGAUCAAGCAGUACCAAGUGACGAACGACGUAUAUUUCUUGACCUGGCUGGAAAGAACUAAACCCUGCUCUUCGUGCACCUGCGGAAAGAAACAGCAAAAAUAUCGAAGUUUGAGAGAGAGAUGGUGGCGGAUUUUAAUACGGAACGGAAAGAUCCAAUAGGUCGGUGUUGCCGUGGUUUUCGAUGAGGACGAACGAGGAGAACAAGGAUGUGUUCCAAAUCGAAAAGUCGGACGACGAAGAGGGUGCAGAUGGUACAGACAGACGGUGAGGCUGCAUCUGAGGAAGGUGGCGGAGUUGCCGAAGAGCGCUGGUCAUUGGU